CCUCCCCUCAGGGCGCCCUCAGAGCCACCCCCGCCCCGCGCCGUCAGGGCGGCUCUGAGGGCGGAGAGCCGCGGCCGUGGCAGCGGGCCAGGAGGAGGGAGGAAGAGACCUCGCCGCCCGCAGCGUCGUCCCCCGGCGAGGCGCGGGGAGCCCCGGCCAUGGGGGAGGAAGGAGCGGCCAAGCUGCGCCUGAAGCCCCGCGCGGCGCCGCCCGCCCGCGGCCCCGAGACACCCCCGCGCCGGCCGACGUCAGCUGACAGACGUCCCUGGUUUGAAAAGGAAGACUUAAAUGAGCGUGAAAAAACCUGGGUUUUGUUACUGAAAGACAUCAGUCAGGAUCUGCACUGCACAAACUGGGACACAGUGCCCAGCCUUCCGGAGUUCUUGGAAAAGGGUGCUGAGGAGGGGAGUCCAGCACAGCAGGAGGUCUUCACAGCUGGAAUGAGAGACUUUCCGUGGGUACCAUUCCCACCUUUUCACACAGAACAAUGUCUGAACCCCAAGGAUUUCAGCUCCCAGAGCAACGAGUCACAUACAGGAUGGGGCCAAGCGGAUAAACUUCCCAGUGUGUCACCCACAGCUGAGGAAACCUGCAGGGGAACCAGCACAGAUCGAGGCAAAACUGCAGCUGGGGGAGGCACAAAAGGCAUUUCCGACCUGGGAGCGAGUCCCGAGCCACGUCAGCUCCCUGGACACACGAGCUCUGCACAGCCCUUGGCACAGGGCUCUGGGAGAGCUUCCAGCCCUCGGCAGCACCGGGCAGGGGCUGCACAGAGCAGGGGAGGCAGGAGAGAGAAGGGUGGGAAGGAGCUCCAGCCGCAGGAGGGGAAGGUUCCAGCGGGGCAGGACAGAGCUGUGCCUGCGGAGGAGCCUCCUGGGAGCCUUCCUGGGGCCGGGAGCUGCGAGGAGAAGGUGGAAAACCAGAGUGGAGGAUCUUCAGCUCUUGACAGUUGUCCCAUGUGCCUGAUGCAGUUCAGUGGAACGCUCUCCCAGCUGGACAUCGAUGGGCACCUGGCCAGGUGCUUGUCUGAAAGUGCAGAAGACGUCAUGUGGUAAAUCCAGGAGAACGGGGAGCAAAGGAACAAGGCCAAGGAUGAACCUUUCUCGAAGGAAAAGGGAAAAUGUGUCAAGGAAGCACAUCCUCGGCUCACACUUUGGGAUCACAAACCAGUAACUCAGCAGAAGGUCAAGUGCCGAGGGUCUUUUUAUUUUAAAUCCUCUCAAACGCACACAAAGUAGUUCUAGUUCUGCAAAUGGUGCUCUGGGGAGACCCCCAGGGAAAUCAGGGUUGGUGCUCCUGAGAAAGUGUCCUGCUGGAAAUCCCUGGAGCCCCUGCUGGGGCUGAUGCACCAGAGCUUGGAAGCUCUCAGUGCAGAAGAGAGACAACUGUUACCCUCAUCCAAAAGUUUACCUGCUUAGAAAAGAAUGCCAGUAAUCUGUGAAAAUCAAUUUAAUUAAAAAGUCAUUUGAGCUUA